AUGGCCCGCCAUGGGAAAUCCAAGGCCCGUGUCAAACGGCCGCCAGCGAUGGCCAGUCCAACAUCGCCACAUCGGUUUACGAUGCAGCAGGAGGCCCGCAACACCGAAACGCACACCCGGUGUUGGUCCAACAGCAAUCUUCGCCACAAGGCCGUGCAGUUUGUGAAGGCUGGUGAAUUACAGCGAAGCGAAUUCGAGACGGUAGACCAAGAGGACCCAGAAGAUCCAGAAGAUCAAGAUCAUAGCCAGGCAGAGACCGCCCCAGAGAAGGCGCAGCCAGCGAUGGACAACCCACCAAAGCCAAGUACAGAGGAUGCUGGGUGCGGAUUCUUCAUUGAUUCAACAGCCCAGAGUGUUGCCGACACGGGGCUCCCGGACCCGACUCCCCGAAUGGCGUGGUCCGAAUCCGAUGACUCGAGUGAGGACGAAGUGGUAUUUACCGGGCGGAACUUUGGCACGAGGCCGAUCAUGAUCGAAACCAGCAAAGAAGAGCUCCAGGGAAUACUGCAGACAACCGCAACAGGGCAGCUUCAGACACAUCCUGGACCGGGCAAGGAGGAUGUUCCGGGGCGCCCGAAUCACCGACGGGACCAGAGUCAGAACGGCCCCCGCCCACACGCACAAGCCACGCGCGGAUGGACACGAGAAGACGAGAACCACAUACUGGCGGACUAUAUUGCCAACAUGGACCAUGAUUAUCAUGAAGACAUAGACUUCCGUAUGCAAGUGGAACGCCAAGGCGGCAUUGACGUUGCCCAGGCCACAUCAGACUCGGAAUCAUCAGCCUCCAGCCAGACCGAACCCGAUGAGCCCUUGCCUCAGCACCAACAGACCCGUGCAGAGGACGACUCAAAAGAGGCACAAGUCCAAAGCUCCAUUGAUGACCCAGUGCUGUCUCGAAUGCGUCUGGAUACAGAACCCGACCAAGUACGGGCCUCCCAUGAUGAUGAUGACGUGGAAUUAGUGUCGACUGAUGCAUGGAAUGACGAUUCCGACGACGAUGACUUCGACACAGACCUUCUGGAAGACCUGGCUCUCGAAUAUCUCACGGAGAGGAAGAAAGGUGGCCGUGCGGGGAAAAGUCCAUUUGCAUCGGCGACAGCAUUUGCAGAUGCCCUCGAGUCGGAUCCUUACUAUGGACUCGAUAUGAUGGAUUUCGAUCGACCAAGUUUACAGAAGAAAGGCAAAGGCAAAAAGCCACCCGCAUUAGAUAUGAUGCUCUCCGACAGCGACCUUGAAGCCCACCUGCAGGCCGUGUGGCAAACCGAUCGCAAGACAAAGAAGGCAAAAAAGAAGGAGCGAGAAGAGCUUCGGGCUCAGGGUCUCUUAGGGAGGAAUACAGGAGAUGCAGAUCUCAAGGUCAAGUACUCGAAGGGGAUGAACCUGGAGGAGUUAAUCACCGAGAUGCGAUCCUUCCUUCUGUCAUCAAAAACCAGCUUAUCAUUGCCGCCCAUGACCAAGCACCGUCGAAAGGCAAUUCACGAGCUGGCGAACGCAUUGAGUCUGAAGUCGCAAUCCCGGGGCAAUGGUCCCUCACGGUUCCCAAUGCUGCUCAAAACCUCCCGCACUCCCCCUUAUACCCGCAAGACCAUAUCCAAAGUGGAUGAUCUGCUUUCGGGGAGAAAGCUGAAUCGUCGACUCUAUCAGUCCUGGGGUUCGGACGCAUCCAAGUACAGCAAACCCGUCAAGGUCAAGGGAGGAGCUACCGGUGCUGCCGUUUCCUAUAUGGAUGGAGAUGUGGUUGGUGCCUCUGCACCGGAGAUCGGGGUCGGAAACCGGGGACGAGCCAUGCUAGAAAAGAUGGGAUGGAGUAGCGGCACCGCGCUCGGGGCUUCGAAUAACAAGGGUAUUCUGCUUCCUGUGGCGCAUGUGGUCAAGAACUCGCGGGCGGGUCUAGGAUAA